UACGUUGGGCUAUGCGGCGACGCGGUUUCCUACAUUCUCUCAAAAUUAAGUGAUUGUUACGAUUAAUUGGCUUGAAAAAAAUGCCGUGGGCAAGCAUCAACAGAAUUUACGCGAAACCAUCGAACACCAGCUCAAUGGAAGCACCACCCGCAAUCAGCACCCUCAAGGCUGGUCCAGCUUUGACGGCCUCUGCUGAUUCAGGUGGUCGUUUCGAAUUGAGCGACCACGGCUACGGCAAAAGCGCUGUCAAACUACUCCAUGUACAACGAGAUGCUGAUUACCAUUCCAUCAGAGAAUACGAAGUGUUCACGGAAUUAAAACUGCACUCCGAAACUGCAUAUGUGGUGGGAGACAACAAAGACGUGGUUGCCACAGAUUCACAGAAGAAUACUGUGUAUCUGCUGGCGAAGAAGCACGGAGUGAAGACUCCAGAAGAGUUUGGUGCGGUGGUAGUGAGCCACUUCUUGUACAUGUACAAGCAAGUGGUGGAGGCUAGAUGUAAAGUUGUCGAGUACCCCUGGGAGCGUCUUCAUGCAGAGGCGCCUCAUAACCACGCGUUCGUGUUCUCGCCGACUGCGACCAGGUGGUGCCAAGUGAGCCAAGCUCGUCACGAGGCUGUGACUGUAAAAUCCGGUUUAAGUGGUCUUCGUGUACUUAAAACAACACAGUCAGCAUUCGUAGACUUCGUUCAAGACGAAUACACCACACUAUCAGAUGCCGCUGAAAGAAUAUUCAGUACUGUGGUGGAAGCCGAAUGGAUCUAUGACAAUAUGCGGACGGCAGACUUCGACAAUGCCUGGUUAACUGUCAAGGACGCCAUUUUGGACAAAUUCGCGGGUCCUGCAGACGUUGGCGUGUACUCGCCAUCAGUUCAACACACCCUGUAUCAAGCUGAAAAGACUGUACUGGAAAAAGUUCCAGAGAUCAAUUGGAUCAAAAUGACAAUGCCGAACAAGCACUACCUCAAUAUCGAUAUGUCAAAAUUCCCCGCGAAUGUGACGAAAGGAGACCCUAAUCAUAAUAUCUAUCAACCUAUCGACAAGCCAGCCGGCCUCAUCUACGCGCAGCUACGCCGCAAGCCCAAAAGUCACUUGUGACAGGGCGCCGGCGCCGCUACGCCGUAGCGCUACGCGUUUUUAGGUUAUAAUCGUUUUAUCAUUUUAAUGUUGCUACCAACUAGACGUUAUUUUUUACUAUUUUCUAUUCGUAAUUCAAAAUUUCUCAUUCCAUUCAUAUCCAACA